CCCAUCAUAGUUAGGAUGGUUGAGCUGCCUCUCUGGACAUUUACUGCUGCUCCUGGUAGAGAGUGAUUCUUUGUGUGGCCUUGUUGAGCUGUUCGGUAAACUUUGACCAGACAGGUAUCACUCAGGAUGGAAGUCAAGAAAAAGAACUUCUUGGAGAACUUGCGUCUCAAAACUAAGUUACCCAACCUAAAGAAGCCACGGAACAAGCCUCUGAGCAAGCAGGGGAGGAGGCUGGCCCAUCGGCGCAGUAUCUCCGUACCAGACCUCAGGCUCGUGCCAGGUGAAGCGCCCUCCUCGGGUCAUGCCUUGGUGUCCGCUGCUUCUGACGCCGUCUUCUUCGCCAUCUCCUCUGGUCACAGCGAUACUGAUUCUGUGGCAAGUAACUCCAUCACUGACGGACCAUUUUUCACAGACAAAAUGACUGAUUCCGCCUCGGUAACUGGACUCAGAGUGCCGACAGAUUACACACCUGCUGCUUUGAAUAGAAUAAGUGCACCAGCAGAGAUGCUUUAUGAGAGAACAGGAUAUGUGAUAAAUUCGGGCUUGGAGGACAAGGUGCCGCCAGAAGGCCUGUAUGCACAAGUGGAUAAAAAAGGCAAGGCUAAUAUACCGAAAUUUACUUUUGACCCUAUUCCUGCACCGAGGUCUGUUAUCACCAGCUCACCAAGGCCAGACCUUGUAGACAGAGAGAGUCUCCAAGGUGAAGACAGUCUGGCAGACAGGGUUUGUACAAGUGCCGUUUCUGCAGCACUGCUCAGAGCGAGCUCACUUGGAGAGCAGAUGCACCCCAAUGUAGAAAAGAGGCCCACAUCGUUUGAGCAGAGAAAGGCAGCAUCCGAUAAAGGGACUCCGCCGAGAGCCAAAAAAGCUCCUGCAAACAGAACAUCUCUGAUAAUAGAUACUAUGGGAACUCCUUUGGAGAGUGCAGACGGUACCUCUCUGGACUCUGCCUGUGGCUCUCCCAGCGAGGAGCCGGUCAACAUGCCCUGGACGACAGACUCGGAGGAACUGGAGCGAGAACCCACCUCUCCCCUUCUGAUGAGGCAAUUCACCAUAGAUGACGAUCUGCUACAAGAGGCCCAGUGUGAGGAAAACCUGGAAGACAUAGGAGAGCUUAUAGCGGCCGGGCCCGACUCCCAAGUACCCGCCCCGGUGCAGAGAUACCUCUUGAACAUCAACCUAAAGAAGGGAAGGAACCUGGUCAUCAGGGACAAGCGCUCCGGUACCAGUGAUCCUUAUGUGAAGUUCAAACUCGAAGGAAAGCAGCUGUACAAAAGCAAAGUGGUUUACAAAAACCUGAAUCCACGGUGGAACGAGUCCUUCUCCUAUCCCCUGAGAGACAGAGAGCACACGGUGGAAGUUCGGGUCUAUGAUAAAAAUCGCACCUCUGAUGAUUUCAUGGGUUCCAGCACAAUUUCCCUGAAAAGUCUGGAACUGUACAAAACUUAUGAAAUGGAGUUGCGUCUCGACGAUCCGAAAAGUAAAGAAGAUGACAUGGGCGUUAUCUUGAUCGACGUCUGCCUGAUGUUUAGAGAUGCAACCAUCAAAAGAAGCCCCAGAUGGCCACAAAAGAAGAACAAGCAGAACCAGGCCACACCGGCUCAGCGACCCGCUGAGACGCCCAAGAAUCAGCCGAAGAACCAGAUGUGGUCUCGAGUGGUUGGUAUCACCCUGGUGGAGGGACAGGACCUGCCGCAGUACGGCCACGGCGACAUCUACGUCCGCCUUCGCCUCGGCGAUCAGAAGUAUAAGAGCAAGAACCUUUGCAUUCAGGCCAAUCCCCAGUGGAGAGAGCAGUUUGACUUCAAUCAGUUUGAAGAUAACCAGGAGCCUCUGCAGGUGGAGGUGUGCUCCAAGAGAGGGAGGAAGGGUGAGGAAUCAUGGGGGAUGUUUGAGAUUGACCUAUCGAGACUUCAAGUUAAUGAGAGGCAGCUCUACAAUCAUGUGCUGGACCCAGGAAAGGGCAGACUGGUGUUUCUGGUCACCCCGAGACCCUGCUGGGGCGUCUCCAUCUCUGACAUUGAAACAGCUACCCUGGAGAAGCCCGAGGAGAGAGACACAGUUAAGGAGAAAUUUUGCUUAAAGAACUCAUACAAGUGUAGGGAUGAAGUUGGCUUCCUCCAGGUCAAGGUUAUAAGGGCAAACGAUCUCCCUGCGACGGACCUCAAUGGAAAAAGCAACUCCUUCUGCAUUGUUGAGCUCGGUAACAGCAAACUUCAAACUCACACGAUCUACAGGUCCCUCAAUCCCAACUGGGGCAAAGCCUUUACAUUCCCCAUCAAGGACAUUCACGACGUGUUAGAGCUGACCGUCCUCGAUGAAAACGGAGACAAAGCCCCAGUGUUUAUAGGGAAAGUGGCCAUUCCGUUGCUGACUGUUCAGAAUGGGCAGCAGAUUUGCCUGUUCCUGAAGAAAGAAGACUUGGGAAGUGUGUCAAAAGGAACCAUCACCCUGGAGCUUGAAGUCAUCUACAACAAAGUCAGAGCUGGAAUCAGAACCUUCCAAUCAGAGGAGACGAAAUUAAUGGAGGAGAACCUGAAGUUCUCCAAAAAGAUUCUUGCCCGGAAUAUAUAUCGGGUUCGAAAAAUCAGCACGGCAGUUCUGUACACGUUACAGUACAUUAAAAGCUGUUUUCAAUGGGAGAGCACGCAACGGAGUCUAAUAGCCUUUCUGAUCUUCCUCGUGACAGUGUGGAACUGGGAUCUCUUCAUGCUGCCCCUGUUCCUGCUCCUGCUCAUUGGAUGGCAGUACUUCCAGCUCUCGGCGGGGAAGGCCAGCUCCAACCAGGACCUCGUGAACAUGAGCAUGGGUGACGACGAGGAGGAAGACGAGAAGGAAUCCGGCAAAAAGGGUCUGAUGGAUAAGAUACAUAUGGUGCAGGAAGUAGUCCUGGCCGUCCAGAAUGCUUUGGAGGAAAUCGCAAACAUCGGAGAGCGAAUCAAAAACAUCUUCAACUGGUCCGUCCCGUUCAUGUCGUGCAUGACCUGCUUGGUGCUGUUCGUGGCGACAGCGCUAUUAUAUUUUAUCCCGCUGCGAUUUAUAGUGCUGAUAUGGGGCGUUAACAAAUUUACCAAGAAGCUGCGCAACCCAUAUACUAUUGACAAUAAUGAAAUACUGAAUUUCCUCAAGAGGGUGCCUUCUGAUGUUCAAAAGGUGCAGUACAGCGCUCUGAGAGCGCCCACCAGCCAGAGCCAGCCGCGGAAGAAAAAGUAAGCUCCGCGGACACGCUGGAUGAAAAGCUGGUCUCCUUUUGAAUACGGCACGACGCAGUCCACCUGACAGCAGUGCUCCAGUGCCAGCAGAGCCUGUGACCCCACGCACCCCACAGUACCACCAUAACUCUACCCCCUGCUGCUGAGGGGCAGCCAGCCGCUCUCUGGCUUGUGUGUUUGCCACCCCCCUGACAGAGGCUGUGAACUGCAGCGGCUAGGAGGGCAGCACAUGGCGCUGUCAAUCACAAGCCUGGAGGUAAAGAAAAGAGAGCGCUGCGAGCCCCAGCCUUCAUCUUUGGAUAUAAUUUAGAGAAGGAAUGAAAAGCAUUGGUUUGGCUUA